AUGCUACCUUGGCGAAGGUCCACCGCCCUGGCGGCUUGGGGUGCGUGCCAGGUUGCACUGGGCCAGGCCUCAUCACCCGAAGUCAAUGCGUCAAACUUUCUGGAGUUACUCCCGGAGUGUGCGGUAACAUGCUAUUCCGCCGUUCUUGAAUCAGCGAAUUGCGCCUUGGACAAUGAGCUUCUCUUGGCGGAUUGCAUGUGCACUAAUGGUGCAUUGCGGACAAAUCUACUUGCCUGCUCCCAAGCUAGCUGCGCACCAGGUGAUGGGAUCCCUGCGCUUCUGGUCGUGGAUGCUAUUUGCCAACCGUACCCCAAAGAGUCCCGCGGCACCGAGGCCAACAUCGCCGCAGCUCUCACCUUCGUUAUUGCGAUACCAGUCCUCGUUGCCCGAUGUGCCGCGAGGCUCAAGUUUUCACGUAGACUAUGGUCCGAUGACUACAUGUCUAUAGCAGCAACCGUUUUCUUGCUUGUGCUCGCGAUCACGCAGAUAAUUUCGGUCGAAAAGGGGUUCGGAAUGCAUCAAUGGGAAUCCGAAAUCGUGGAGAAUAGCACCUUUCUUCUGUUGAUACUUUUCGUAUCGCAGAUUCUCUACAUCCUCGUCCAAUGUAUCGCCAAACUAGCGGUUCUCCUCCUCUAUCAGCGCAUCUUCAGCCUCGGCGCCGCUCGGUGGUUCCGGCUGACCGUCAAGGGGUUCAUCGGCUUGAGCUUUGUCAUGGCUAUACUGUUUACGUUUCUCAUACUCUUUCAGUGCUGGCCAGUCCAGGCAGCUUGGGACCUUACCAUCCCCGAUGCAAAGUGUCUGAACUUCGCACCGCUCCUCUUCGCUGGUUCUUUGGCCGGCAUAUUAACAGACAUAAUAUUGAUCCUUCUGCCGAUUACCGAAUUGCGCAAGCUUCAGAUCAGUGGAAAGAAAAGAAUUGGCGUAAGCAUUAUGUUCGCCAUUGCCUUAUUGGGAGUAGUCGCAAGCGUUGUCCGACUGCAAUACCUGGUGCGUCUUAACUGGUCGUACGAUCUUUUCUGGGACGAGAUCGAUGUCGUUAUUUGGAGUCUUAUCGAGCUGCUUUGUAUUGUCGUCUGCGGAAGCCUCCCUGCACUAAGGCCCUUCAUUGGCGCCUUGCUUCCCAAGGUCACUGCAACGUUGCAAAGAUCCUCCUGGAGCCUCAAGAGGUCGACCUUUUCUGGCGGGCGCUCUAAUGCCGGCAAACCCACUGAGGAGGAUGCCAAAGAGCUUGCACCUCGUAGUCCUUCGAGUCCCCUGUCUCUGUAUCCACUGCAUUCCGUUGGGAGUGAUGGAGAAUGGACUCAAUGGAGUAAGCUCCCGGCGGGCAACACCUCCCCGACAUGGCCAAGGCCAGCUAGGCUUCCUAAAUCUCUGUAG